UCGAUGGUGUAGCGUUUCUCGCUAAACUUUUUAACUUGGCGGUUGAUUGCACAUAUCUUCUUAAAUUGCAAAAUCCCGACCGAGUGUCUCGCAAAUUGUUCAAAGUACUUAAUAUCGCGUUUUGUAUAUUUCCCAGGGAUAAGAAUAAGUAUACCGCGGUAUACUUUUUCCCGUGCAAAUUAACAAUUGUAUCAGGUUUCUCGGCACCGUGAAGUGACAUAGGUAUUUACGAGCUGUUGUGUUGGUGAAAUGUUGUCUCAACUUCCUGUACAUGGCGAAGACUCGUGAGCGUCGUCGGACGUGUUGAAUAGUCAUCAAACGCCAGUGUUCGAACGGUGUUUUAUCCCUUUCCACGAACGUACCAACGUAUUGACCCGUUUCUCGCAACCUAGAUCAACGAGAUCGUGCCAGUUGCGCGUGAAAAUGAUCAACAUGGAAACGGAUAAGAUUAUCGACGACACAAACACGAAUCUUCAGAAUCCAAUAACAAUAUUGUACGACCCCACUCGCAAGAAAGAAUUGCCAACAGGGGUAUCUACGCAAUAUGGACUAGAGAGGGAAAUUUGUAUGAAACUGUUUGAGAGGUGGAGCGAACCGGAACAAGUAAACUUUGUUGAACAAUUGUUGGCACGAAUGUGUCAUUAUCAGCAUGGACACAUUAAUACGUAUCUGAAACCAAUGUUACAGAGAGAUUUCAUUUCUCUGCUACCAAAAAAAGGAUUGGAUCAUGUGGCAGAAAGUAUUCUUUCUUAUCUUGAUGCUGACUCAUUAAUUGCAGCGGAAUUAGUGUGUAAAGAAUGGCACAGAGUGAUCAGCGAAGGAAUGCUUUGGAAGAAAUUAAUCGAACGAAAAGUUCGGACAGAUUCAAUUUGGAGAGGCCUUGCUGAAAGGAGAGGAUGGAUUCAGUAUUUAUUCAAACCAAGACCAGGAGAGAGUCAUCCGAAUCACAAUUUCUAUAGAUCUCUUUAUCCAAAAAUAGUUAAAGAUAUUGAUAGUAUAGAUAAUAAUUGGAGAAUGGGAAGAUUUAAUCUUCAGAGAAUAAACUGUAGGAGUGAAAAUUCAAAAGGUGUUUACUGUUUGCAAUACGAUGACCAAAAGAUAGUCUCUGGUCUUAGAGACAAUACUAUUAAAAUUUGGGACAGAAAUACGCUACAGUGUAUUAAAGUCUUAACAGGGCAUACCGGUUCUGUUCUGUGUUUACAAUACGAUGACAAAGCAAUAAUAUCUGGUUCCUCUGAUAGUACUGUAAGAGUUUGGGAUGCUAAUACUGGUGAAAUGGUUAACACAUUGAUACACCACUGCGAAGCAGUUUUACAUCUCAGAUUUAAUAAUGGAAUGAUGGUCACUUGUUCGAAGGAUCGUUCAAUAGCUGUAUGGGACAUGACAUCGCAAACGGAAAUUACAUUAAGAAGAGUACUCGUAGGACAUAGGGCAGCAGUGAAUGUUGUUGAUUUUGAUGAGAAAUAUAUUGUUUCUGCUAGUGGUGAUAGGACUAUCAAAGUAUGGAACACAUCUACUUGCGAAUUUGUGAGAACAUUAAAUGGACAUAAACGAGGAAUAGCGUGUUUACAAUAUAGAGACUGCUUAGUAGUUAGUGGUAGCAGUGAUAACACUAUCAGAUUAUGGGAUAUUGAUUGUGGUGCGUGCUUACGUGUUUUGGAAGGACACGAGGAAUUGGUCAGAUGUAUUAGAUUUGAUAGCAAACAUAUAGUCAGCGGAGCUUAUGACGGAAAGAUAAAAGUAUGGGACUUGGUAGCAGCUUUAGAUCCACGUGCUUUAGCCAACUCGCUUUGUUUACGAACAUUAGUGGAACACACGGGACGUGUAUUUCGUCUUCAGUUUGACGAGUUCCAGAUAGUAUCGUCAUCGCACGAUGAUACAAUAUUAAUUUGGGACUUUCUCAAUUUCAAUGGAAGUGUAUCGCAUGGGCUAGCAGCAAUAAAUGCAUCAGGUGCGAAUCAAUCUGCCACCAGAUCUCCAUCUCCAUUUGAGUGACGCAUUUAUAAGAAGAGAUUCCUUCAUUGUGAUAUAAUUACAAGUGGUUAGUGAGUGAGUUCAAAUGUGUUCACAAUAGUGUACACUAAGAAUGAAGAAUCAGUGUCCAAUGUGAACAGCGCCUAGACAGAAACAGAAUCUCAAAAAGACAUGGUCAUUGACUUUUGUUUAUUAUUUGCUGUGAAAAGCAAAAGUAAUUCUCUAAAAUUGGAUGUAUGGAGUGACACAUAAAACUAUAAAUUAAUUUAUUCGCGCUUGACGCACUGCGUUUAAUAACGAACAGUAUAUUAAAACCAUGUAAAUACAUCCCAUGGAUGUAAAUAAUUAUCUGCUUGGCCAUAUCUGGAAUUCUUCUACGCUCUAUGACAUGAUAGAAGUUGACCACUUUCCUACUAUAAAAAGAAAGACUUACAAUGCAUAAAGAAAAUGAAAACAUUUUUAGGGAGGCUGGAUACAUUUAAUAAGAUGUUAGCUGUAUUAUAGUAAAUUAAUGAUUUGUUUAUGUAAUUAAUUUAUGGUAAGAUGAUUGUAAAGUGUCGUUUGAUUGGAGUACUUAUUUUGUGUGAAUGUGAACGAUAAGGUAUCGAUAUGUGGGAGGAUUAUGAUAAUGAUAAUGUUUCAUUGUCUUCGAAAUCUAGCUGAUGUGAAUCGAUAUACCCAUGUUUAGCAUUAUAGAUGUACAGCCGUUAAUCGAACAUGUAGCAAUUUCCAUAGACAUUAAUUUUACAAGAUUCAUAUUAUAUACUGAAAAGUACAUGGAAAGCUAACUACCACCUGUACACAGCCAUUGGUACAAUACCAUUUGCAUUUAAAAUAUAAAUUUUCAUUAUACCAAGAUGUAAAUAUUGAUUCAUACAAAAGCAAUAUAGUGACUCUGAAAUAAUCGUAGCUGUUGUAAACAAAUUAUUAUGUUUUGAUUGAUCUCGAAUAAGAUCAUACUUUCAAUUUUUGUUUAAGUUUAUGUUAGUCACUUUUGUUCGAUCUAAAUUAUAAACAUGUUUUGAAUAAUAUAAUAUGUGUUGGAAUGUAGCUAUCGUAAUUUUCAAAAUUUUUGAACGUAUUCAUCAAGAAUACUAAUUUUAUUUUUACGGUCAGCAUUAUACAAUAACAUAGGAGUGUACGGGUAUCCGAUUUGAGCUGUCAACACCAGCGUGCUCGAGCAGAUCUUUAUAUAUUGCGAAUCGAUUAGUCUCGAAAUAGUUUGGCCCAAAUUUACCAGUGUUUAACACAGUUUGCCAACCCAAAUCGGAUACAUGCACAUCCCUAGAUAACACGGUUACUCAUUAGUAUAUUAAACGGUAGACCAAAUAUGUUAUAAAUUCUCAGAAUUAUCAAAGUAUAAUAAUUUCUUAAGACACACACACACACACGCGCGCACGCCCACACCCCCCCACACACACGCAAACAUGUAUACACGCACGCGUAUAGACAAAUGCGUGCGUGCAUGUAUGUAUGUAUGUAUGUAUCUAUAUGUAUAUAUUGAGAAAUAACACGAAAAUGAUUUGAAUAUAUUGACUUUAUAAAAAAAAGUACGAAGUAAGCUUAUGAGUAUGUAAAUUCCUGAUUUUGAUUUCCAUGCAUGUAUUUUGACGGGAGAGAAAUUAAUUAUUACCGAUAAAAUGUGAAAUUACUUCGCUUUUACAUAACACGAGUAACAAAUAGUAUUAAGUAGUAUUUGUACAUUAUUCUACUAUUAUAAUAAUGUUUACAUUGAAGGCAAACAACUUACACAAAAUUAUGAAGUACAUGUAGUCAAAUUGGGUACAAAAGAAUUGUGAUUUUUAUGCUAGAACAAUGACACGAGAAAUUUUCUAUAACUCUAAGGUAUGUAUAUAAGGGACUUCAGUGCAAACUAUACUUUUGUAGUAUGCAGCAUGUUUUCAAUUCAUAAAACACUUUAAUAAAAGGAAUAGCAUAAUAAUAAUCGUAGCAGGUAUUAACAUACUCUUUGUAAGCACAUACUCCAUUAUAUUUCAGCUAACUUUGAAUUCGUACGUACACUUUAUUUAGAAUCAGGCUGUUAAAACGUUUCAGUUAAUAAACGCGUUAUUGUAAAAUAAAAAAAUUUUCAUUGUGCAAAACGCUACACUUGAGAUCGAUCGUCGAGGCAAAUGUUUGUGGAUAAAUUAUAUAACGUAAUCGGAAAUCAUUCAUUUUUAGAACUUCGUGACAAGCGAUGCGUCUUGAUCAUAACUUGGAUACAUUUGUCAGAAAUAAUAGUAUGGCAGAAAUAUCUUUAAGAAAACAUUGUGAUGUUUAUUGUUAGUAAUAACACAAAGUU